CAGCGCCGGAGGGAGACCAUGAGCCCCUAGGGCCCCAGCCCGCCGGCGCCGAGGCGCCCCCUCCCCUAUGCCACCUCGAGCCCGCCCCCUGCCGCGCGCGAGCCAAGGCCGGCGCCCCGCCCGGAGAUGGGCAGACGCGUAGAUGGCGUGGCUCCCAGCGCCGCCAGAUCGCAGGAACCAGGCGCCGGGGCGUUGCGCUGAGGCUCCCUCUCCGCGCGGCCCGGGAAGCCUGCAGGUGUCCUUGGCCGCUCGGCCGCCGCCCCCGGUACACCUUCGCCAGUGCCCAGAGCCCGGCUCCCCAGAGCGGCCCCGCCCCCCAGGCUCGGCUCCGCGCAGGACGCCCCGUCUGAGGCACCCCCGCCCCAGCGCGGCCCCCGCAUCGCUGCGCCCGGUCCGGCGCAGCUCCCAGCCGCGGACGCAGGACCCGAGGCUCGCUCCUGCGGGCGCGCUUGUUUUCCAGCUGCCGCCUCGCCCUGCGCAGCCCCCGCCCGCCCGGCCGCCGCGCUCUGCUCUGCCCCGCCUGCCUUCCUCGCCCGGCCCUGGAUUUAUGAAUGGGGGGAAGAGGCCACAUGCCGCCGCCGCCGCCUCGUGUUGACCGCAAGCAGCCCGGGCCCACGGAGCUCCAGCUGCCGUGAGAGUGUCGGCCUGGCCCCGGCAGCCGCUCGGAGGACUUGUUGCUGCUGCGCUGCCGCCGCUGCGGGGAAGCCGGCUAUUCCGGGGCUUGGUGCGGUCUUGGAGCCGGAGGGUGGCCCGUGUGGGCGCGAGCGCCCCGAACCUUCGCGGUGCGCGUGGACUGUGCGCUUCCUCGUCUUUGGUCGGGGUGAAGGCGGGGGCGUGUCCCCGGCCCAGAGCGUUUGUGUGUCCCGUUGUAGCGGGGGACCGCGUGUGUGCUUGCUUCUACUUCCCCGGGUCCUCCCUCUCUCCGCCUCCCUCUCUCCGGAGCUUCCUGCCCUAACCCCAACCACCUGUGUACCGGAGAAAUCCAACUCCUCCCGCUCCGCGUCCUAGGGGGAUAGGCAGGGGCAGGGCCAAGCCGCAGAGGGGGCCGCCACCGCCUCCUGCCUCCUCUUCGUCUCCUCCCCCUCCCCCGUCUGACGGUGCCUCCUCGGGAAGGGUGUUUGGAGGGCAGCGGCCGCCCCAAGCCGGAGCCCCGCAGCGCUUCUUAUGAUCAGCUCGGUGUGUGUCUCCUCCUACCGCGGGCGCAAGUCGGGGAACAAGCCUCCGUCCAAAACAUGUCUGAAGGAGGAGAUGGCCAAGGGCGAGGCGUCGGAGAAGAUCAUCAUCAACGUGGGCGGCACGCGACAUGAGACCUACCGCAGCACCCUGCGCACCCUACCGGGAACCCGCCUCGCCUGGCUGGCCGACCCCGACGGCGGGGGCCGGCCCGAGACCGAUGGCGGCGGUGUGGGCAGCAGCGGCAGCAGCGGCGGCGGGGGCUGCGAGUUCUUCUUCGACAGGCACCCGGGCGUCUUCGCCUACGUGCUCAACUACUACCGCACCGGCAAGCUGCACUGCCCCGCCGACGUGUGCGGGCCGCUCUUCGAAGAGGAGCUCACCUUCUGGGGCAUCGACGAGACCGACGUGGAACCCUGCUGCUGGAUGACCUACCGGCAGCACCGCGACGCCGAGGAGGCGCUCGACAUCUUCGAGAGCCCGGACGGAGGUGGCAGCGGCGCGGGGCCCAGCGACGAGGCCGGCGACGAUGAGCGGGAGCUGGCCCUGCAGCGACUGGGCCCCCACGAGGGAGGCGCGGGCCAUGGCGCCGGGUCUGGGGGCUGCCGCGGCUGGCAGCCCCGCAUGUGGGCGCUCUUCGAGGAUCCCUACUCCUCCCGGGCCGCUAGGGUAGUGGCCUUUGCCUCUCUCUUCUUCAUCCUGGUCUCCAUCACCACUUUCUGCCUGGAGACCCAUGAGGCCUUUAAUAUCGACCGCAACGUGACAGAGAUCCUCCGCGUAGGGAACAUCACCAGCGUGCACUUCCGGCGGGAGGUAGAGACAGAGCCCAUCCUGACCUACAUCGAGGGCGUAUGUGUGCUGUGGUUCACACUGGAGUUCCUGGUGCGCAUCGUGUGCUGCCCCGACACGCUGGACUUCGUCAAGAACCUGCUCAACAUCAUCGACUUUGUGGCCAUCCUGCCCUUCUACCUGGAGGUGGGGCUGAGCGGCCUGUCAUCCAAGGCGGCCCGUGACGUGCUGGGCUUCCUGCGCGUGGUGCGCUUCGUGCGCAUCCUGCGUAUCUUCAAGCUCACACGCCACUUCGUGGGGCUACGCGUGCUGGGCCACACCCUGAGGGCCAGCACCAAUGAGUUCCUGCUGCUUAUCAUCUUCCUGGCCCUGGGUGUGCUCAUCUUUGCCACCAUGAUCUACUACGCUGAGCGCAUUGGGGCCAGGCCCUCCGACCCUCGGGGUAAUGACCACACCGACUUCAAGAACAUCCCAAUUGGCUUCUGGUGGGCUGUGGUCACCAUGACGACACUGGGCUACGGAGACAUGUACCCCAAGACGUGGUCAGGCAUGCUGGUAGGGGCACUGUGUGCGCUGGCUGGCGUGCUCACCAUCGCCAUGCCGGUGCCUGUCAUCGUCAACAACUUCGGCAUGUACUACUCCCUGGCCAUGGCCAAGCAGAAGCUGCCCAAGAAACGGAAGAAGCACGUGCCACGGCCGGCCCAGCUGGAGUCACCCAUGUACUGCAAGUCUGAGGAGACCUCCCCCCGGGACAGCACCUACAGUGAUACCAGCCCCCCUGCCCGGGAAGAGGGUAUGAUCGAGAGGAAACGGGCAGACUCUAAGCAGAAUGGCGAUGCCAACGCAGUGCUGUCUGAUGAGGAGGGAGCUGGCCUCACCCAACCCCUGGCCUCCUCCCCCACCCCCGAGGAGCGCCGGGCCCUGCGACGCUCCACCACUCGAGACAGAAACAAGAAGGCAGCUGCCUGCUUCCUGCUCAGCGCUGGGGACUAUGCCUGCGCCGAUGGUAGUGUCCGGAAAGGCUGUGGAAAGUCCCGGAGUCUAAACAACAUAGUUGGAGCAGCUGGAACCAGCCUGGGGCUGUCUCCACUGGCAUCGUGAUACAGCUCGCCCUACCCUCUGAAAAAGUUCCUGCUCACCCCCUUCCACCCCCUCACCGGCCCACCCCCUGGUCAAUCUGCCCCUUAGCUGCACCUUCCCCUCUGGGCACACGCGCACAAACAGGCACCCUUCCAUGCCCUCAGCGCUCACUCCCCAGGGCCCACGCGGGCAGCAGGAGGGAGCAGAGGGGAGUAGUCAGGACAGAGGAGAACUUAGGCCCCCGAGCCUGUCCUCUAUAGCUCCCAGCUUCCCAAAAGGUUCAGCUCUGGAACCGGAGAGCAAAGGGGAAAGCAAUCCCAGAGCUUCUCCCCAUAUUGGCCUCUUCCUGGGCUGUAGGUGCACACCCCGGACCUGUCUUUUGGCCUUGCCUCCCUCUCGGGGUCCCACCAGGGCCAGUCUCAGCCACCAGGCGUUUAUGUGUGCACAGAGCGCCUGGGGCCAGUCAGCCUUGCUGGGGAGCCACGCCUAUGUUAAUAUUUUUAAUCACUGUGAAUGUAUUUCCAUUCCUCAUAGCCUUUAACCAGUAGCCGAACAGCCUGUCUGUCUGUCUGUCUGUCCACCCCACACCCAGACCAGCAAGGAACCCAGGCUGUUAUGUCGGGCAUCUCUGCUGAUGUAAAGGUGGUUUGACUCCUUGGAAGAGCAGUGCCUAUGGGCAGUGCUGCCCUGGGAGAAGAGGCCUGAUGUUUUCUAUCCCUGGCUUGGGGCGCAGGUAGGGGUCCCUAGCGUUGUAGCCUCAGGCUUGGUGCAGGCCGUGGGCGGGCUGCCUAGGCGAGGGAGGCCCUUCCCUCAGGAAGCCUCUGCCCAGAUUCAGUGGUGACUCCCACUGGCGGCACCUGGUGUCCCUUCUGCGCCCCGAGCUGCAGCAUCGCUCUCCACGCUGCUUCCUCUGCUUCUGCGACAGUUUUUCUUCCCUCUCCCUCAAACUCCCAGCCCUGCCUCUGAGUCACCUGCCGUUCCCACCCAGCCUCUGCGCUCUGUAUUCCUGCCAGAACCGGAGACUCAUCUAAUUUCUAUAAUUAAGUGUAUUCAUUUACCUAACGAGCCCAGGAGCACAACAGGUUUGUGAGUCACUGGGUGAGCAGGGGUACACCUUGCGCAGGGGCAGCUGAGGGGAAGUGUGGGGACAGAAGCCAUCUUGCCCCCACCUGCUCCUGCCACUCCCGGGAAGGGGGCCCUCCACAGCCUGAGGAACAAGGUUGCCUCAGCCAAGACGUUUCCUCUUUCACCUGAUGGGAAUUAGACCUGACAGCAGAGCCGUGCGCCUGGCAAUUUUUAGAGUCAGAUUAUGCAAUUUUGCAGAGAGAAUGACUAAGUAAGGUCCAGAUCUGCUCCUUCCAUGGUCGGCAAAGAUAGGAUGGCAGGGCAGCGUCGGGGAUGGGCAGAGGCUGGGAAAUCUGAGGCUCCCCAAAAGGCGGACUGGGCAGAGCAAAUUAUUGCAUGGGGUUGGGGGUGUUGUGUAAAGCCUGUGCCCGGAGUGUCCCCAUCUCGGCACCUCCCUCAGUCUUGGGCAGACACAGAAAUGUCCUUCUGGAAAGGUCUGUUCAGAGUGGACACUGGGAUACCCCCACCCUGCAGUGGUUUGUGGGGCCUGCCUCCCACUUGCUCUCAGAAUGAAGUGACCUGACCCAUAAGAAGUGAGAAGAGGGGAUGUGGGGGCCUCCAUGCAACUGCCCUUCAGGAGGGAGCAGGCCCUUGAAGUGACAGGGAUGGGGAAGCCUGUGGAACACGAUGGAGAUGCGAGGGCCCCUCCCCCAACAGCGAGAGGGCUCCCUGGCAUGGAGGGCCUGGGCUCUGACAGGGACACAACGAGCCGGGUGUGCAGGUUCACAGGGAUGCCACCACUGUUUUCUCCUCUGACUUGCCUUUCUGGUUCAGGGAACCGAGGCCGCUAUUUCUGUGGCAGCCCUCAAGUUGUCAGGAGCCCAAGUUUCCACGGCACCCACCGCCUCCUUCCCUCUCUUCCCUCCCACAGGGCUGGGCCUGCUCAUGGCACCCCUACGGUGGGCACAGAUGUCCCUGGGCGACAAGAUGCAGCAUUGCCAGGCUGGAGCCCUAAUGCCUCGGGGAGCUGGCUCCCACACAUCCCUCCUGGCUCUCUGGCUUCAUCUGGGAGAGAUAGAACCCAGAUAGCAGGAGGGCUGAGUAGACUGCCCUUACAACCUCUCAGCACCUCUGGGCCUGCCCAGGGCCCUGGGAAAGGGCAGGGUGAGCCCAGGCAUUUGCAGAACCCCUGCAUACCAGGCACUGCCACAGGAAGUGGCUGCCUGUACAGGCGUCAGGCUCACCCAGGCCUUGAGCCUCCCUCCUUGAGAGAAGGCUCUCUCCCACCCACCAUCCGAGAGUAGAGUUUGUUUUCCUUGGGCUAGACUUGGACCUGCACCCACUACUUUGCUGUCAGACGCCUUUCACCUGCAGCUGGAGCUCAGCCCCUUCCCACAGAACUGGGAGGCAGUCUGGGUAGGAGUUCACAACCUCACCUUCCAGUCUGUAGCAGGGUUACUGGCAACCUAGAGACCAAUUUUCAGGGCUUCUGAGAGGUAGAACCAGAGGGGAGGGCACUGCAACCUAGAAGCUGGCUGACAGGAGCCAGAGGGGAGGCCAUGGACUGGCUGCAGGGCCCAGGCUGCCCUUUCACAGAGCUUCCUGGGAGAGGAGGGCCUGCUCUGCUCUGGCCACUGUCACCCUCUGAAAUCCCUCCCCCACCCCUGGUGGGUCAAAUAGGUAAGAAUCCAGGAUGAGAUUCCUAGGAAGACCCCUCCCCAACUCUCAGAGGUCCCUGAGGAUGGAGAGUCCAUGGAAGCCAGUGGAAAAGCAAUCUAAGGCCAUUAUCUCGGUAUGGGCUGCUCUGCUCCCUGGCUUCUGGGACACUUGACAGCCUUGCUGUGACUCCUUCUGUCUCAUCCUAGACCCAUCCUAGACCCCUCAGUAGCCCAGGCAUUCUCACCAGUGCAUCUUAGGGCCUAAUUGCCUACUGGGAGCCCAGAGGCACUCCCCUGUCCCCUAAUGAGUGGGGAUCAGUGGCAGGUGUUGCUUAAGUUACGCAGACAGGAGUACAGGGCAAGACCACAGCUCUGUCUGCGUGUCCUCAGAAAUGGGGCUCUGAAGAACCCUGAACUCCUCUGAUUUCAAGGAUAGUACUCAGAGGCCCAGAACACUUGUAGGCAAAGGGGCAGUGUUUAAGGAGGUGGCUAGGGCAUACAGUCUUAAGAAGAUGGAAACAGCAUCACCCCAAGAUGAGGACACCCCUUCCCUAGAAAGGUGAUGGAGGCACCCCGAAGCCCAGGAUGGAAGCUGUGAGGUCUGGAUGCCACAUCUGCACUCCACCUUGACAGGAGGCCUAGCCCUAGACCUCAGACCUGAGAGCUGCAGGGGUUGUCCCAGCGGGUCUGGAACUCCCACCUCCACUGUUGACCCAGAUCUGCAGCUGGGACAGCAGUACUCCUGCCUGCCCUACCUGUGCUCCCACUGGUAAGGUAGGGGAAGGAAAGGCCCAGGUGGUAGAUAUCCCAGGCUGAGGAUGGGAUCCCAAAAGGGCUCUCUGAGGGGUUGGGUUUCUCAAUAAGGUACUAUUUCCUGACCUUCUCUCCUGAGACAGGCACAUUCGUCCUCCGUGACCUUCCCCUUCAGCAUUCACCUGAGGCUGCAUGCCCUCCAACUGCUGGGACUCUGUUCCUGCCACAUUGAGGAAGGGGGCUGGGCACGACAUGGCAUCACACUCAGGAGCCUUCUUCACCAGCUCCUUGGGACAAUGGAAUAUCCCAGGGUGGUGACAGCAGAUGGAGCUACUUGGGGGAGAGCUCAAGUUGGUCAGGCAACAGCUGGGGUGAUGGCCUGUGAGCCACAGGCCACAUCAGGAACUUUCCCCACUGCCUCCAUGCAAGGCUGCAGAGCUAUGGUCCCUUUCUCCACUGCACUGGAGCUUUGAAGACCUAAGAGGCUAGUGGUUCCUGGAGCUAGUGGUUACCUGAACAGGUAUGGCGAUGAGCUACAACAUCACCUGAGUCACCAGAGUUGGGUUGGCAGAGGGGUGAAGGGUUCACCCCAUUCCCUGACCCAUCCAUGCUCUUCCUGGCCUUUUAGCCCUGGGUUCCUCAUGCCUUCCAGCUCUGCUCCUGGCCUACUCCUUAGCCCACACCCUGUGGGUCAGCAGCUGGCUUCCUUCUAACAUCUCAUUCUUUGUUUCUCCCUUUCUUUUGCUGAACUCCCUGUCUCCCCAACCCCAGAAGGCAAUGUUGAGCCGAAAGCGUGCGUCCCAGUGUCUCACACCUGUGCUCUUUAAACACAGAGACCUGCCAAGACGCCCUCUCGUCCAACUAUGCCCAGGCUGAAGUCCUCACCCUCUCUUAAGGCGGCACCAACGUGAGAGAGACAGGCAGACAGACAGAAAGCCAGAGGCUUAGGGAAACUCUGGAACCCAGACAAGAAUCUUUUCGCUGGGAAAGACUCAGAUAUCCUUGUUUGCACAGGACUGGUGGAAAAUCUCCCAUGCGACCCUCGGGGCCCAGAGCCAUCUGGGUCUGAUGUUCUGUUCCAUUGUACAUUGAAGAGAUAUAUAUGCACAUAUAGUAUCUAUAUUCAUACAUACUAUACUCUUGUGUGUAGUGCACGUGCUAUUGGUGGUUUGUCUUCUUUGUUAGGCUGUGUCUCCCUAAGCCCUUGCCCCACCCAGAGUUUCCCAUCCCCUUCACUGAUAUCUGUUGUUUCUGCUGACUGUGUGGGUGGAAUGUCCCAAGAAAAGUGCAUCUGGGAAUUGCCAGUCCAGCUGGGUAGUCCCAGGCUCCUGUCUUGGGGAUGUUUCCCCUGUCAGCAAGUAACCUGGUGAAGUCUAUUGAAGGCCAGACUGCCCCCUAGGGUCACUGCUUCACUAGCCCCACCCCACCCCAGAUUGGGGUUCUACCUCCCACCCCACAUCCUCGUUGUGGGGGGACUUCCAGGGGCUCCUCUGCAGCCUCCUCCACUCCUUCCUCCACCCCAUCUAUGUCCUUGACUUAGGGGGGCAUUUUGUCUUUUUUAAAUUUGAUUUUGUUCUGUCUCCUUUGUCUGUUUGUUGUCAAAGAUGCUGCUGGGGCAGACGGGCAGGGAAAGGAUCUGUCUGCCCAUCUGGCCCAGGGGGUCCAAGAAGGGAAGCCUUGGGCAAGAGGAGACCAGUUGCAAUACUGUACUUCCUGGCCAGUGGCCAGAGGAUGCGUGCAAUAGCAGAGGCCAGGUGACCCCUUCAGCCUUGGCCUCUGCCCCUCCCUUGGCCCUCCCUCCCUGCUUCUCCCUGGUGUUGGUCAGUCCUUUUCUAAAGCUGUCCCCUCGUGUGUGUCUGGGGCAUGCCCAGGCUGGGCCCUGUGCCCUGUCUGCAUGCCUCCAACUGUCAUGCUGUGCUCGAUCCCCAAUAAAGACAUCUGGAGCAUCCUGCUGCUCCUGCUGUGUGA